GUAAACAAACAUCUGUUCGUCUGUUCAAAAGUCAGAAUACUGUAGAGGAAGAACUUUAAAGCAGUUGCACGCAAAAUUAAACAAAUACAAUUGAAACAGCAGCAACACAAAAAAGUAAUGUAAAGAUGGAGGAAAAGGCAAGCAAGAGAAAGUCUAUCUUAAAAGGUCAAAGUGAGAGAACUGAGACGAAGAAGCGGUUAUCGUUUGCCAGCAGCGCGGACUUUUCCCAGACCUCGCCUGACAGUCCAGUAGUAGGAACCCGCCGUCAUCCAGCUGACAUUGUUCCCACCAACAUCAAGAGCCAAAUCCAAGACCUUGAAGUUACCCCUUUAAAGAAGCACAAAAAGCAGUCUGCAGGCUCUGUUGCUUCACAAAGCCAAGCAUCACAAUCUAAUAGCCAGUUAGAUCUUCAGGAUUCCUUUGCCAUUGCUGUUCCAACCUGCAAGUCUGUCAGACGCACCGCAAUGGGAUUGUGUUAUAGCCCCGAGGAAACAUCUGUAGAAUUACACACACACCACCAGGAAACUAUUCCCUUGAAGGAUAAUAAAAGAAAUAAUUUUGUAACUGCUCUUCAAAACACCUAUAGAACAAGGCCCACAGCAAAUGUUUUGGUAAUUGGAGAUAAACAUCAUGGACAGAGGAUUAAAGAUGAUCUUUUAUGGCAACAUAAUCUUCAAAAAACACCAAGCUCUGAAUGGAACAUAAUCCUUAAUAUAAUUUGUGAGGAAAAUCCACCUACAGACAUAUUGCCAAAUGUCCAUUUCUUUAUCUUCCUCGUUCGCAUGGAUGAGUUUCACAGUUUAACAUCUCUUUCAAAUGUCCUGACCAAGAUUAAUGACAGUAGUGUACCUCCUAAACGUAUGUUGGUCCUGUCAGUAUCUACUUCACACGAACUACACAAGAAUGUUAUAGAUCUGGAAGAGUUUGCACAUUUCCUUGAUCGCCAUCAGAUGAUAAAUUUUCCAUGGGAGGAGCAGGGAAGACCUUCCGAGCAUCUGGUUAUGCAGCUGUUGAAUACCAUAUACAAUAGUGUUGGAUUCUAUAAAGGGUCUUCACUAUUAAUGAAUUAUGUAUUGCAGCGUGGCCUCAGUGAAUAUGUAAAUGACACCACCCUUUUGUAGAUGGAAUAUAUAAUCCAUGCUAUGCUAGGUGGGCACAGAAAAAUGCUAAUGAAUGAAGGGAAAUUUUUACCCAAAAAUUUUGUUACUGUAUAUUGGAAUUUUUAUGAGAACAGUCAGCUUAUUUUGGGUCUUGAAUAGAUAAAAGAAACUGCUCUUUGUAAGCAACGCGCAAUAGAAGUAAUAGCAUAAAUCCACACUUUCCUGUCCUGGGUAGUGUUACUAAUUAAAAUGUAGACCCUUUAAAUCUGUACAGACCUGGGAAUUUAAUGCAAGAAAGUGUGCUGCAGUGAAAAUAUUUAAGCCAAUUAUUUACUAGUACUUGAGGUAUUUUUACCAAAUUUUAAUAUACAGGCAUGUAUUUACAUUUUUUUAAACUUUACCAACAAAAAAUUUAAUAGAAAAUAAUCUAUAAAGAUGGUGAGGGUGGGGUGGAGGGGGAGGGAGCUCUUGUGUGCCACCUUCAGGUAGGAGAGGGUGUCUCCUAUUUUCCUUUUCCUGCCUGCUGUGGUGGCACAUAAGUGAAAUACACCCUAUGUGUUAGCCAUGCAUAAACACCUAUACAUUCCCUUAAGUUCCUUCAUCUGAGAGUUGAGCCUACCCAGUAACUUUGGCCCCCGGAGGAGUAACACGCUUCUUGGGUGGGGGAACAGAGGUAAACCAGGAGGUUUAGUGCAGCCUGCCUUAAUCAAUCAGCUCGUCCUGUUAGCCCACCUAGUUAGACAUGAGUUAACUCUGUCUACUUAUGCCCUGCUUUGCUUGUUAUCCCUUAUGUGGGCCCUGUUUCCUUUCACCACCUUUCUUUUUCUGUAUGAAUGUCUCACUAGUAAAAUUCCCUAAUUCAUUCAUGUUGGUAAUACAGUAUUUCUCAUGUUCCAACCUUGCCCCUGUGGAGGGUCCCAUUUGCAAAGUUUUGCAGAACUUUGCAUGUGGACCUACAUAGUGAAGGCUUAUGAUAGGUUAUGAUGGGUUUCAUAACAACCAUCUGUGUGUUAUGAAACUACCUUUUCCUUGAACACUAUUCUUCACACACUGCCAUAAUCACAGAUGGGUGUAAGUCUGCUGAGGGUGUUGGCUAUUCCAUUGUCUUUAGUGACCAAACCUACAUAUGCCAUCCAUUCUCAAAGGUUUGCAUCUUCAUAGCAGAACUUCAUACAAUGUUCUAUGCGCUUUGUCAACUGCUUUUCUGAUACCAAUGCUCCUUUGUUAUUAUGGUUGACUAGCAGUCCCCUCAUGGCUCUGUGGUCAUUUAACCAUAUGCAUCUUGUGGUGGUCGAAAUCUAAUAUUGGUUGUUUCUUAUUUCUAGCAGAUUUACGACAGUUGAGUUUUACUGGGUUCUCAGCCAUAUUGGUAUUACCUUAAAUGAACAUUUGGACAUUGCCACUAAGAAGGCUAUCCACACUUGUCUUAUUUUCCAAAAAGGUAUUCCUUAUUCAUAUUUCUACCUAGUCAUUCAUUCCUCAAUCCUAGACUGCCGGCAGGGUUAUUGGUCUGAUGUUACCGAUAACAAACUGCACAUUCUUAAAGAUAACCUAUACCCUUGAUACCUACCACCAUAAUAGACAACUAGAAAUGCCUUUGGUUUGCUUAUGUAUUGGCAAUACACACUUAACUCAGGAGCACUUAAUGGAAUGCCACUCUGCUCCUUAUGGUCUGAACUGCAUUGUCCCACUUUGUCGUGCACCUUCUUGUAGGUUGUCUCAAUUUUCAGGACAAUCAUAUGUCUCACUUUGCUAAUAUAAUUUCUCUCUCGACAGAGUCCUUGGUGAAUCCCACACCUUCGAUAAAGCUCACAUUACGUGCUUUUGUUCUCAUAUUGGCAUCCUAAGUGAUAUUUAGAACUUUUUGAAUAUCCAGUGACACAGACAGUGCUACAUAGUCUUCCUGGCUUGGUGCCUUCUUUUGAUAAUUAUUUACCAUAGAGCUUUACAAAAUUUUUGUGAUUCUCAUAAAACAUUGAAUUACAUACACUGUACUUUCAAUAUAUUUUGUAAUAAAAUGUUAAUUUUU